AUGGCAUUAGGUACUCACCAUCGACGCUCCCUCCUUACUAGAUCAGGUCCUAAUAUACAAAAUCAAGACAUCCCACCACAGAGGAUGAAAGUCGUCGUCGGCGGGGUCGACUGCGGGGGAAAGUCUCGUCUUCUAUCCGCGUUGAUUAGGCUAGUAGAGGAUCGCGUCAACGGCACUACUUCUGUUCCGUUUGAAAAUACAAUAUAUCAGAUUGAAACAAUCUCAAAUGAUCCCAGAUAUGCCAAGAAUUUUGAAUUUUGGGAGGAUUCAAAAAAUGCACAGGACCGUGGUGCUGUUAACUGUGCGCACCUGAGUAUAAUGAAGGGCCUUGUUGAUAUUGCUCUGAUCUGUUUUCCUCUUGACACAAUGGCACAAGACUCGCCACUGGAGGAGGUUAUAAGUGAUAGGAUAAACGAUAUGAUAGCAGGCAUGGAGAUUGCUGAUAGGUGCUGCAAACCACGAAAGAACCCAGCGAUAUUUCUGGUUGGGUGUCGAAGUGAUUUGCUGGAUGGCGAUGCUGUGGAUCCAUCACGAAGAAAGAACGCCUUGUGGCAUCAGAUUAUCAUGCAGCUUGUGGCUGAAAGCGGCGUCCAUGGGUACUUUGAAUGUUCUGCUACCACAGGUGCUGGUGUUGGUGAGUUGUUGGACGCAAUGGUAGAUGCCACGCUUCAUCCACCCAAGAAAAGACUCCAACUGCCCAGACAUCUGUCUAUUGCUGGAGGACGGACAAGACGGCGCACAAGACACUGUACUAUUUUGUGAUCACAGGCCUCUAUCUUCUAGGACGGAAAAUCUAAUCGGAAAUGAUUUCCAAACAGCCCGUCCUCCCAGAAACCCAGGCAGAACGGCUCCGCUAGGUGAUGCUGAAUUCCUGGAAGGGACUCAUCCAGUG